CCCAAGACUCCAUAAUCAGCAUAAAAGGUGAUAUAUAAUGAUUGAUAAAAACAUAAAUAAAAACUGAUUAUGAAAUAAGGAGAGCAAACAAAACCUUGGAUAAGGUUUAAAACAUACCGUACAGAAAUAAGAUGGAAGAUUUUGCCAAAAAGAAGUGGUACCGGUACGUGUUCACUCACCUACUGACAUAAAAUUAUUAAAUUAAUUCACACACACAACCAUAGAGCUUUAAUAAAGUUAGAAAAAGGAGCUUUGGUUAAAUUUUAUAGUAAACAAACAAAAAAAUAAAUGAACAAGUAAAAAACAAAUUAGAAUAAAAAUACGAAUUGUAAUUAGAAGUAAGAAUUGCUUGCCACACCAUUGUCAUAAUUUUAUAAAAAUUCCGAAAUGAAGUACAGAUUUAUGUAAACAAGAGUGAACAGUAUUUAAUAUGAAGACAAAGAGAAAAAAAGAUUUCGCCAAGCUGAUUAUAGGCCUACUUGGAGUCAAAUGCCAAAUUUCCCAAUCAAAGUUGCCAUCAUUCAAUUUAAUUACCGGUAUGUCUCUAAACUUAUCGAACUUCUUUUCCUCCGCUGUAGAUUGCUUUACCAUGUGUAAAUUGCAAGAGUCUUUCGAACGUUUAGUAAUGCUAUAUUAACAUUUCACUGUAUUACUAACUGAAUAAUAUCUGUGCAGUGUUCAUUUUUAACACUGUAAUAUCCAAUAUUCGUAUUACUCUUUUUUCCUUCUAAUAUAUGCAGUUUAUCUCAGACAUUAUUGUAUACCCUGAAGCUGUUGGAAGCAUUCUGUUGCCUGCUUGUGUAAUCUUGCAUAAUACGUCAAGCACAGAAAGAUUUUAUGGAAAUAAGAUCAUGCUUACUGCCAACUUCACUCCACUUGUUCAUAAAAUCUUCACCUUGGGUGCGAUUCACACAUUGGUUUAGACCAUUUUGGGGUCGAAAGCUAGGCAUUUUCAUUAUUGGAGUUGCCGUUUUCUCAAUAAUUUUGUUCACAAAGCACUUCUGGAUUCAAAUUCCUGAAUCAUCCACAUUUUCAAGUCAAGAUAGUGUUGUACAACUGCAUAGAAAAUCUGCUUAUGAGAAUUAUCGGACACUAAAUGAUCCACUUUCAACAGAUUAUGGUGAUCCGGUGUUGGUUGAUGUACUACCUCCCCAAUCGAUCCGAACUACAGCUCAAGCAUAUAAUAAAAUAAAUGACAACCAACUUGAUUUUUCUUAUGGAGUUAUGAUAGACUGUGGUAGUAGUGGAUCACGAGUGUUUGUAUAUUAUUGGCCCAAGCAUUCUGGACAUCCUUCCGAGCUCCUACAAAUACGACAACUCGUUGAUGAUGGUGUACCUGUUGUUAAAAAAAUAACUCCAGGUAUAGCAACAGAGGUCAAUAAUCCUCAUGCUAUUAGUGCUUAUAUGAGACCACUCUUAUAUUAUGCGUCAAUGCAUAUACCAGAAGAAAAACACAGAGAGACUCCAUUGUAUGUCAUGUGCACUGCUGGCAUGAGAAUGCUUCCGAAAAGAUUGCAAAAUUCUGUUCUAGAUCAAGUUCAAAAGGCAGUUCAUAAGUUUUCUAAUUUUCAAUUUUAUCCGUCACAUGCUGAGGUUAUCAGUGGAAUGACUGAAGGCUUAUACUUUUGGAUGGGAUUGAACUAUGCAUUGGGUAAUUUACAUCAACCUAACCAUGCUGUAUCUGAUAAUUUGAUUGAAAUGACCGCACACAAACAAACGCAGCGUUUGCCAACUGUGGGAGUUAUAGACAUGGGUGGUGCAUCUAUGCAAAUUGCGUUUGAAGUGAAUAGAGAUGACAGAAAGGAUUACUCCAAACAAAUUAUGGAAAUUAAUCUGGGCUGUAAUGAGCACAAAUCGGAACAUGAGUACACAGUUUUUAUUGAUACUUUUUUACACAAAGGAGGGAAUGCAGUGAGAAGUAUAUAUGAAAGAGAUAUUGUGUUAGACUUUUAUUCAGAAAAUAACUCAACAUCGACUGGUAUUAUUAAAGACCCAUGCUUGCCUGUUGGAUUUGUUCAAGAUGUAACAUAUUCUGUAACAAAAGACAAUAAAAUAUCAUUGACUUUGAAUGGGACAGGAAAUUAUUUUGCAUGUAAAAAGAAGUUAAUAACAUAUUUAGAUAAAUCUGACUGCAAUGAUAAUUCACCUACUUGCAUUAUUAAUGGAAGGCAUAUGCCACCUAUCAACAAUACGAAUAGCAAUUUUUUUGGCUCAUCAGAAUUUUUCUAUUGUAUGAAUGAUGUAUUAAGGAUUGGUGGUGUCUACGAUAAGUCAAAGUAUGAGUCAAAAGCAAAUGACUAUUGUGCUACAUCUUGGAAAACAACAUGGGAGAAGUAUUCAAAUGGGUUCUAUGAAUAUGCAGAUGCUCAUCGUUUGCGUUUUCAGUGUUUUAAGUCAGCAUGGGUAUCCAUAGUUCUUCAUGAGGGCCUUAAUUUUCCUUCAAAUUAUAAUCAUCUCACAUCUGUUAAAUUUAUAAACAAGAGUGAGAUUCAAUGGACUUUAGGUGCAAUUUUAUACAAAACCAGAUUCUUGCCAUUACGCGAAAUCCAGUUGCAGUCACUACAAGCAAGAAAUGAGGAAAGAAAGCAAGGUUUAUUUGAAUCCUUUUCUUAUCCUUUUAUGUUGAUGGCACAUUCCCCUAUUUUUUUGUUUGUUUGUAUUGCAAUAGCUGCUUUUUGUUUGAUAAUUUCAGGUAUUCGAUUUUGUUUAAACUCAAAUCGUAGUAAGGUUGCUAGUUUAAGAAGAGUUGGAUCAUCUGUUGCUUAUUUUGUUCAUGAAGAAGCCUAAUCCUAUUGCUGGGCAACCAUUGUAUACACAAGGUUAAUAUGUGUGAAGUGGUAUUCCCUUUUUUGAUAGGAUUAUUAUACCGCAUGUUGGCCAGAAAAAAGCCCCCAAAAAAAGAGUGAUAAUUAAAUAAGCUAAUCUCCGUGCUUUGGUAUUAUACGUUUGAUAAAUGCACCCAUUGUAAUCUAUCCUUUAGUUGUCUCUGCACUGUGAUAUUAGAGUAUAGUGUAAUUUUGCCUCACUGCACUUAAACGUUAUUAUCAAUUAUGCUUAAAUUCGUUUUUAUUUAUUGCUUCACCUAAUUAUAUAGUCAUAAUCGUUCAACUGGUA